AUGGAAGCUCAUCCUGGUCGCGAUCUUGCCGGCCUGUGUCUUUCUCCAAAUAUUGCCUCCGACGUGAGCUGCUCUUCAGGUCCUUGUUCUGUGGUCUCAACCCGUGAAACCUCGCCAGCCUCAUCGACACACCAUCCCCUGGAGACGACAUCCACGGACCCGGAUAUGUUCAAACCGCGGUCUGAUCAUAUCCCCGGAACCCCCUCGCCGGGCCCGGAUCUGUCUAGACCACGUCCCGGUCAAGUUGCUGGGCUCGCCUCGCCCUUAGAAAUGAACCCCAAUCAGUUUCAGUCUGUCAAUGACCGGCGAAGCAAACUCGCUGUCGACAACCCUCGAGCUAGUCACGCUUCUUCUGGAACCACAGCUGGUGGCAACAACACUAGUCACCAUCUGCAGCCUACGACAGUCGGACGAAGCCUCGCACCAAUCGCUCCUCCUCAUCCUCCGUCUGCCCAUCUCCCUUCGUCCACGAUCCCUCGUGGGCUUUCGACGACCAACUGGCGUUCUUCGACUGCAAGCUUAGACAGCCUUACCGCGCCAUCGACAACGACCUCGUCUGGGUGUACCUCGUCUGUUUCUGGUGCUAACACCAAGAAUCUUGCGCUCGUGGGCAGCUCGAAUCUUCUGGGCUUGCCCAUCUCGUCCGUCGACUUCAGCAACCAGAACAGCCUGCUGGGCCAUAACAGCUACGUACCAACUGCUGGUCUCAGCAGUAAUACGCCCACCUCUGCAUUCCACCACGACUUUCGCCAUUUCGAGCGCCACCAAGGUGCCAGAAACAACGAAAAGAUGCAUCCACAGACUGGCAAACUCAUCGCUGACUCCGACAUGGACCAGGCCAUGUCUUACUGCUACGACCGCGGUGGCGGUCAGUAUACUCGUCUCGUCCCCGUCGAUAUGCUUCCCAUCGAACUCAAAGAUAUCCCCCGUCGUGUCAACACCGACGAGGGCAUGAUCGUCCUGCCUGUCCCACACCAGCCAGGUCCCGAUGGCCAGUUGGCUAACAUUCAGCUGGAGUCUGUUGUGACCCCACCUACCAGCCCCAACGGCGUCUCGACUGAUAACAUACAGUCUCGCAUCGAUUCGAUCAUCAACUCAUCCCCUAGCGCCAGCAGCAGCGCUCUCGUCCUGUCUACCCGCGGCUUUGAUGGCGCCACGAACCGCUCCCUGACCACCCAGAGCCACGGCAGCGGAGCACCCGGCGGCGGCCCCCGUCGCGAGAAGAUCUACUGCGACAAGUGGAUCCACGAUGGCACUUGCGCCUUCACCCAGCAGGGUUGCAAGUACAAGCAUGAGAUGCCCCACGAUCGUGAGACCCAGGAGAAGCUGGGCCUUUUCCACGGAUACCCUGCCUGGUGGAAGAAGCAGGCUGUUGAGCAGCAGCGUCCUCUGGCUAUCGACGACCGCCCUGUUAGCGUCGGUCCCGCCCGUGGCAGCUUCCCUACUUCUGUUUCGGCUGGUGUUCUCGGCAGUAGCCUGAGCAGCGCCGUAGUUUCUUCCAACUGGCGUUCUGGUGCUGGUAACGUUGGCGAUGGCGGUGUCCAGGGCACCAUUUCUCCCACUGCCCCCGCCGCUGGCACCAGCGGCAGCAGCGGUCUCAGUCGCAGUGGCAGCAUCGGCUUCGGCGGCAGCAGUCGUGGCACCGCGCGCCAACCUCGCACGUUCGCCUCUUUCCAGCCAGCCACCUACGGCCCCAUCGCGCCCCCUUCUCGGGCUGGCACCGGCGGCAGCAGCGGAACCAGCACUGGCUUCCCGACGACUCGCAACACUCGCGCGCUGACUACCUCGUCCACGGCCAGCACCGACGACGGCCCCCGUGGCAGCGGCGUCCCCUUUUAUCGCUCUGUCUUCGACCCCAGCAACCCCUUCGCGGCCCUGGGCAGCCAUUCUUCGCAGGCUCGUGGCCGCCAGGAGGAGAGCAGCAGCGGCGACACCGCCACUAACUCGGGCGAGGAGGGCGAGCAGCGUGGCGCUCCUCUUUGA